UUACAGCAUUGCGAGCACUACAGACUUUCCACUGCACAAUAUCCAACCAUCUAUUCAGAGCACAACCUGCAUUUUUCUCUGCAGCUGAACACCUGGUUUUGGAUUUUCUCCAAGCAGCAGUUCUUCCCACAAAUCAAUCAGAGAUCUGUUCAACUCAGUGAAGAAAAGGAUGCCUCGGAAAGGUAGGAGAUCCAUGGCUCAAAAAGUUUGUUGGACAAAGUUAGACCUGACAGGACAGACGGGCAUCAGUAAAGGUGAUGCUCAGUUUUCUAAUGGACAGCAGCACGAAGAUGGCGACACCACAUCUAGAAUUCUAUCCGUGCAGGCGUCUCAUUCCCAGAGUGAUGCAAGGUAUGAUGUUUUCUCACGAAAUCAUCAAUGCACAUGUGUAGCUCUGACAUUCCUUGCAUACCACAGUGAGGGAACUUUGUUUGAACAGCCUGAUCUUGACAGAGUGCUAGAGGAAGGGGAUGCUUUGUAUGUUGGCAUUAAAAUGCAGCUUAUUGCUGAAGGAAGAUUCCGACAGGAUCUUCUAAGCAUGAGUGAAGUACCUGUGAGCAUCUCAACUUCUAACCACAACUACAGUGUCCAAAAGUCAGAAGUGUUGAUGGGAUAUCUGAGAGACAGAGGAACUCCGGAAAUGGACGCAUGGUGGAUUCCUCUUGAUGAAAGACUUCAGUGUCUCUCGACAGAUGUCAGCCAUGCACUGCUUAUUGUUUCUCCAGAGUGCUUUGCUGUGUUCAGAGACAGAUCUGGAAGAUAUGAAUUUUUUGAUUCACAUUCCAGAACUGCUGAAGGUUUGCCACAUCCUACUGGUGACGGAACGGCAGUUAUGCUAACUUUCACCAACCUGCAUGAGAUGACCAGCAGACUGUUUGUUUCAUUUGAAAUGGAGGAACAGUCUGAGGAACCAUGCUCAUCAUCAGCAUGUGUGACACCAUCAGAAGUUACGUCACCUCUGCCAAAAACACAAACAAAUGCUGACGUCAGAAUCCCUAAAAAUCUAGUUCUUACAGAUGACAAAAACCAAAGUGUCACAAAGGUUUUAAAAACAAACAAGCAGCGAAGAAGAAAAGAAGUGCGUAAAAUUGCGAAUAAAAAGCAAGCAAGACUUGAGAACACCGCUCCACAUAUUGAAGUCCGGGAUAAAAAAAGAAGAGAAUACGAGAGAGAGAAAUAUGCCACCAAUUUGCAGUUUCAGAAGAAGAAAAUGGAGGGUACCAAAAAGAAGUAG